GGCGGGCCCACACAUAUAUCCUAACCCGGAAUGUCAUUCAAUGCAUUCCCCCCGGCAGUCGUGUAAAAGCGCCUCAGUAGUUUUAACUGCGUUGUGAAGAAACAAUGGUUCGUGUCGAAAUCGUCGCUGUGGGACUGCUGAUGCUGGUCGCUACCGCCGACGCCGACUUGAGUGGCUGGAGUUUCUGGAGCAAGUUUGCCAGACCGUGGGAAAUAUUUAUCAGGAAUUCCUAUGAUAUACGCAAGGCCGUCAACCUCACCGACAGCAACAGCGACGGCGUCGUCACACUUGAAGAAAUCAGGGGAGACAUAACUAAGUUAGACGCUGAUGGUGACGGCCGUGUGACCCGUGCUGAGUUUGUCCGCUACAGCGUGGAACAAUUUGGCGCCAACAUCGCCAUUGCCAACAAUUACUUCGACGAUUAUGACCUGAACGCCGACAACUACCUGACAGCCGAGGAUGUGGAUAUGAUUGCUCCAGUGAUGACGUUGUUGGACUCAAACAAGGACGAGGAACUGAGCAGCUACGAACUGAUCAUAGGCCUGCGUCAGAGGGACUUGGCGGCGCAGAAGAAGGCCGAAUGCGCGACCUACUACAUCUACCGUCUUCCUCCGCGUGAGAUGAAGUUGCAGAAAAAGAAGUGCGCGUCGAAGAAGCUGUAAAACUGUCACAAGAAAGGCAUGUAACUUUGGUACUGUAUAAAAUAAGGAUACACGUGUUUGUAAAUAAACAUCAUUGCUCAGUCUCUCAAGCAAUUAA